CUUGUGUGAAAUCCAAUCUGGAAAGACCUGUCUGUUUCAUUCAAACAGAGCUGUUCGUAUCAACAUAUAUCAGAAAAAAUGCAGUCUGCCGUUUGUUUAAUCGUCCUUACGGUGGGGAGCGUUGCAGGGGACAACAACCUCGCUCUUCUGCGUCCCGCCAACCAUAGUAUGAAUAUCGACUACACUGGUCAAGGCCCAGAGCGGGCAGUGGACGGCUUCAAUAUUACUGGUCCCCAAUGCACCUACGUUGAAGUCGGAGGAUCGUAUGCUCAACCUGGAUGGUGGCAGGUGGAUCUGCAGGUGACUGUCAGAGUGGGCCGUGUCAGGAUCACCCCUGCGGAGUACCCACAUGGCAUACCCAACAAAUUCCGUUUGGACGUAUUCCAAGAUCCGCAGUGUCCUAACCUUUGCGCUGAGUACAACGGGAGAUUCACCGAAGCUGUGGCGGAGACAGUGUACUGCUCCACGCCAGUAAGAGGACGAUUUGUGCGCUUUACCCAAGACAGUCCCAUCUUUUUGUGCGAGGUCGAGGUGUAUGAAUCACGAGAACAGGAAGAGACAGUCAGGGAUGCCCAGUUUGUAAAGCAACCUGGCAAAAAGGUAGUCCUGCCGAACCCUCACGAGGUACAAACCACAUCUGUCCUCCAAUGUGCGAGAUCCUGCUUGGAAUAUGGCUCCUGUCCAUUUUUCAACUACAGUAAACUCGGUGGAAUCUGCGAGAUCUCUUACAACGUGAGCAGCAGCAGUGACAUCACAGUGGAUGCGCCUGGCUGGAGUGUCUUUGAACAGAACGUCUGUUAAUUUAAAGUAUUAAUAUUUCUGUUUCCGAUGGUCAUACGAAACAUACCACUGAUAAAAAUGCCAGGAUUGACAUCCUACUGUUGGAUACCUUCAGAUAGAUUAUUUUCUGUUUUUGUGGACAUUUGGUAGAGGAAAUCUCAUAGAACACUUCAAUU